AUGCGUCCCACCAUCCUGAUCACCUCCUUUCUCAUCAGCAUCGCUCUGGCGUUGCCCGAUCCCACCCCACAGGGCUACACGGGCCCGUGCUCAAACGACAACUGCGGUGUCACUGGAAAGAACUGCGGAGGCCAAAUCUGCGUACCAUGGCCGAGUUUCGAUCUUGACAAGAGGAAGGGCUGCACAUGCAGCCUAGGCUAA